CAUUACCAUGACGUUAUUUCCGGCAAAGUUUACUUCCGUGUUUUUAUUAAUUUUUCAUUUUUAUGUUAUUUUUUAAUGUUUAAGAUCAUUGUCGUGAGAAUUAAGUGGUAAAUUGAUAAUAUAUAUUAGAUCUAUAUUUAUUCAGGAAAAUGGCUUGUUGCCCGCGAGGCGAUACAUUUGUGAGCCCUACUUUGAAAUAUGCGCUUUUUUUCUUUAAUUUUGUUCUUUGGCUAUGUGGAGGUAUAAUGAUUGGGAUAGGUGUGUGGGCUUACAUUGAGAAGAACAAGUACUACUACCAGUCAAUUGAGACAAUUUACGAUGUUUUGUUGGACUUGUCUAUCUUGCUCAUCAUAGUUGGUGCAGUGAUAUUUGUUGUGGGUUAUGCAGGAUGUGUUGGUGCUUUGAGAGAAAAUCUUCUCCUGCUCAGGAUUUUUUACAGUAUUAUCAUACUAAUAGUGUUACUGGAG